AUGAUGAUUGAACUGGUGCAACUCCGAUCGCAACUACUCCUAAAUAUAGCGGAUAUCCUAGCAAGAAAUAUAGAUUUGCAAUUUGGAGUAGUAUUGGGGUAUCGAGAAGAUGGCAGCAAGCUCGUUGUAUUGACCUCGUUUGAGAUCAUCACCAAGUCAAACUCGGUAGACUACGACUACCUCUACAAGAGACACGGCCAGUUGAAACUUGUCUACCCGCAGUGCUUGGUGCUCGGUAUAUACCAAAUACUCUCCAGUUCCAACGAGCCAAACUCGUCGACAGUGGCAAUGUCGCAAGAAAUGCAACAUUUUUGCAACACAUACCAAAUACCGCUAGUUGAAACGCCCAUUUAUUUAACAUACAACCUGAGCUCACAGCUUCAAUCGCGCAAAAAACUACCUUUCCAAGCUUAUUUCGCUGACUCGCUGACACCGGUAACCACCGUGAUUGACUUGAGUGAAACUGAAAGUAUCGCUGCUCUCACCAUUGAAAACCACAAGGCUUACUUUAUUGCAAACGGCAAAAAGAACAGAGAAGAAGUCAACAUCAAGAAACAUGUGGAAAAAAUAUCAAAGACUUUGAGCAUAUUAGAUGACAAGUUGCACACUUCCUCAAUCGCAACAACCUCGGAUUCGAAAGCUGCGCCAGCUUCACGAGAGGAGGAUCUUGCUGACCAAAAUGCCAACGUGCUCUCAAACAAGUUGAGCCUGCUCAGGGAGAUUCACAAAGACACGGCCACGGAAGAAGCAACCAUCCUCAAGUUGCAAACUACCCAGUUGGCAUUGUUGACGGAGCAGAAAAUGGUGUUGGAGAAUGUUCAAAAUCAGUUUUUGAAGCAAUUGAGACUAAAGUAG